AUGUUUGAACAUAGUUGGCCUAAUCUAGAAAAACUUCAGAUUUCGUCAACUAAUGCAACUGGAUUAAUUCUGAGUUCAAAUGCACCACAGUUAGUCAGUUUCUCUGCCUCAGGUUGUUCCAUUCAAGGAUCCUUAGUACCUUUUUUACUCUACCAUCUUUCUCGGUUGCAUUAUCUAGACCUCUCCGACAAUAACAUUACAAGUAAUCUUUCAUUAAUCUCGAACCUAAAAAACCUAAAGUUUCUCGACUUGUCUUACAACAAUUUCCAAGGACCAAUACCUAAUUCAAUCAGCGAGAUUCUUCCCCUUCGACGACUUGUUUUUCAAAGUAAUAACAUUACUGGAACACUUCCAAGUUGUAUUACUACGCUCAAGAAACUUGUUGAAUUUCGCGUGUCUAAAAACUCUAUCGGUGGGAAUGUUUCAUUGAUCUCUUUGAUUAACGAAUUAAACCUCACCACCCUAGAUUUGACCUCAAAUAGGCUAACCAUCAAUAGAGAUGAAAGCUUACAUCUGUACGCUAAAGCUAAAUUGGAGACUUUAGCACUGGGGUCAGUGCAUUUGAAUGUAUUCCCUAAUUUCAUCUAUAACUUAACCCAUUUGAAAUAUUUGAUUUUGUCGGAUACUAACCUUAAAGGAGCUAUCCCUUCAUGCAUCUCCAAACUCCAAAAUCUAGUUUCCUUAGAUUUGUCUAACAACAAAAUUAUUGGUCCUCUGCCACUUCCACCUCAAGGUGUCUAUGAUUUGAAUUCAUCACAUAAUAAACUUAGUGGUGAAAUAUCAUUAGAAGCUGGAGAAAGACUAUCAAGUGCUAAAUACAUUAAUCUAAGUGGCAAUCAACUUUCAGGUUCAAUUCCCUCUUCCAUAUGUUCACAAGAACUAAGAAAAUAUUAUGAUCCGAAUCUCAUUAAUCUCUCGAACAACAAACUAUCAGGGAAUAUACCUACUAGUAUAGGGUACUGCAGAAGUCUUACUGUUCUAAAUCUCAGCAACAACAAUCUCACUGGAAACAUUCCAAAUGAGAUUCAAAGAGCAGAAGGUCUGGAAUAUCUUCAACUUAGCUAUAACAAUCUCAAUGGUACUUUUCCUAAGCCAAUAGACAAAUUUUGUACUUGCGAGGUCUCCACUUAG